AGUGUCUCAAUGAGAGCCGAGCCAGGGCCCCCGGCCGUCCCUGCCCCUCCUCUCCCCUCCAGCUGUCCGCUGUCCCGGCCCAGUGGACUUUGAGAACGGCAUGUACACUCCAAGGCUGGGCCUCCACCCCGUGGGCGGCAACCUGAGCUUCGAGUGCGACGAGGGCUUCAACCUGCGCGGCUCCCCGGUGCGGCGCUGUCGCCCCAACGGCCUGUGGGACGGGGAGACCGCUGUGUGCGACAACGGGGCUGGCCACUGCCCCAACCCCGGCAUCUCGGUGGGUGCAGUGCGGACGGGAUCCCGCUUCGGCUUCGGGGACAAGGUCAGCUACAGCUGUUCCUCCAGUCUGGUGCUCACCGGGUCAGCGCAGCGCGAGUGCCAGGCCAGCGGGGUCUGGAGCGGCACGGAACCCGUCUGCCGCCAGCCCUACUCCUACGACUUUCCCGAGGACGUGGCCCCCGCCCUGGGCACCUCGCUGUCUCACCUGCUGGGAGCCACCAACCCCAUGCGGACAAAGGAGGGAAGUGUGGCCCGUAGGAUCCAGAUCCAGCGCUCCGGGCAUCUGAACCUCUACCUGCUGCUGGAUGCCUCACAGAGCGUGUCAGAGAGGGACUUCGAGAUCUUCAAGGACAGCGCCAUCUCCAUGGUGGACAGGAUCUUCAGCUUCGAGAUCAAUGUCAGCGUCGCCAUCAUCACCUUUGCCUCAAAGCCCAAAGUAAUCAUGUCUGUCCUGUGGGACAAAUCUCGGGAUGUGACGGAAGUGACCUACAGACUGGAGAACGCCAACUACAGAGAUCAUGAAAACGGAACUGGCACCAACAUCUAUGAGGCCCUCAACAGUGUCUACCUCAUGAUGAAUAACCAGAUGGUGCGCUUGGGCAUGCAGACUGCAGCCUGGCAGGAAAUCCGACACGCCAUCAUCCUUCUGACGGACGGAAAGUCCAACAUGGGUGGCUCUCCCAGGCCGGCAGUCAACAGCAUCAGAGACGUCCUGAACAUCAGGCAGGACAGGACGGACUACCUGGACAUCUAUGCCAUCGGGGUGGGCAACCUGGACGUGGACUGGAAGGAGCUGAAUGAGCUGGCAUCCGAGAAGGACGGGGAGAAGCAUGCCUUCAAGCUGCCCGAUGCGCAGGCGCUGCGCCAAGUCUUCGAGCACGUGCUGGACGUCUCCAUGCUCACGGACACCGUCUGUGGGGUGGGGAACAUGUCAGCCGAUGCCUCCGACCAGGAGAGGACGCCCUGGCAUGUCACCAUCAAGCCCAGGAGCCAGAAGACCUGCCGUGGGGCGCUGCUCUCCGACCAGUGGGUGCUGACGGCAGCUCACUGCUUCUACCAGGCCGAGGACCGCUCCCUGUGGAGGGUCAUCGUGGGGGACCCCAGCUCCCCAUGGGGCAAAGAAUUCCUCAUUGAGAAGGAAGUGAUCCAUCCCGGCUUUGACGUGCACGCAAAGAAGAACCAGGGCAUCCCGGAGUUCUAUGGCAAUGACAUUGCCCUGCUCAAGUUGGCCCAGAAAGUGCAGAUGUCCACUCACGCCAGGCCCAUCUGCCUCCCCUGCACCGUGGAGGCCAACACUGCCCUGCGGAGACUUCAGCGCAGCACCUGCAGGGAUCACGAGACUGAGCUGCUGAGCCCACAGAGCAUCCCCGCUCACUUUGUGGCCUUGAAUGGGAGCAAACUGAACAUCAACCUCAAGAUGGGGUCAGAGAGGACACGCUGUGUUGAGGCCGUUGCCCAAGACACAAAGUCGUUCCCCGACCUGAAGGAGGUCGGGGAGGCAGUGACCGACCAGUUCCUGUGCAGCGGGAUGGAGGGUGACGCCAACCCCUGCAGAGGAGAAUCCGGGGGAGCGGUUUUCCUGGAGCGCAGGUUCAGGUAUUUCCAGGUCGGCCUGGUGAGCUGGGGCCUUUACAACCCCUGCCAGGAUGCUCCCAACAAAAAUGUGCGCAGAAAGGCUCCCCAGGGUGCCCCACCGCCGCGAGAUUUCCACCUGAGCCUCUUCCGCCUGCAGCCCUGGCUCAGGCAGCACCUGGAGGGUGUGCUGAACUUUUUGCCGCUUUAAUCAGGGCCCUGGCCCCUUGGCUGUCCCUCCAGGAUCUGCCAUCUCCCCCAUCUCCCACCCCUGACGUCCACCCCAAGAUCCUGUGCCCUGUCUGCGCUCCUAGCUGCAGAAAUUCGGGGCCCCAGGCACGCAGAGGAGCGGGGAUUCCCAGGCUGGUGCCGGUGUGAUGCCCUGCCCCUCCCCUCCUGGGCCAUCCUCAAGUCUCCCCCCCGUGUUUGCUGUGAUCCUUUUCACCUUCACACGGAAUUUCCCAGUUAUGAAAUUAAUAAAACCCUAAGAUUUCUC